UUUUUGUAAAUGUGUACCUUUAUAAUAAUAAAUCUGUAUAAAUAUUUUCAACUAUCAGAAUUCGAGUCUAUAAAUUGAUAAUGACUAACUUCUACUUUUUUAGCUACGAAAUUUUAGAAAAAUUUUCAAAAAGGAGUGAGUAGAGUGAAUCAGUGAAUGUCAAUCAACAUAAGGAUAAUACUACGAAAAAGGAAAAUGAGUUGCUCACCAUAUUUGUAUAGGCUAAUAAUAUGUGCAUGGUAUUCGAAAGAACAUAGGGUUUAGUGUAGAGAGAGAAAAAUGCCGCCUUCUUCUUCUUCUAAGAAGCUGCCUUUCUCUUCAUCCUUUAGACCAUAUUCUUUAUUUUUGGUCAUAUUGUUUGUUGUUCUUUUGGCUGUGAUCUUGGUGAUAGUUUGCACAUUGGGUGAUGCCAGUUCUUUUCAAUGGACAAGGAGACAUGGUAGUCUUUUGGGUUUUGCUUCUACAACGCUAACUUUCUCAGGGACAAGUCAAGUUUUUGCUGUGGCAGAUCCUCCACCUACUUCUUCUCUCAACCCUCAAAUUGGAGAAAGGCAGGAGGGGACAGGGAAGGAUAAAGUAUCCGAAAAAAUCAAUGCGACUUCAGCCACAAAUGAAGUAAAGAGACACAGUAGAUUAGAGAAAAUUGAAGCAACUUUGGCUAGAGCCCGGUUAGCCAUUAAAGAAGCUGGUCGAGUCCAGAAUAAAACAUCAACAUAUGAUGACCCUGACUAUGUUCCACGAGGCCCAAUAUAUAGGAAUGCAAAAGUUUUCCAUAGGAGUUAUUUAGAGAUGGAAAGGAUUUUUAAGAUAUAUGUAUAUGAAGAAGGAGAGCAACCAUUGUUUAAUGAUGGUCCAUGCAAGAGUGUAUAUGCAACAGAGGGAAGGUUCAUCCAUGAGUUGGCAAUGGACAAUUAUUAUAGAACCAGUGAUCCCAAUCAGGCCCAUGUUUAUUUCCUUCCAUAUAGUGUGGUGGCAAUGGUUCGUUAUCUCUAUGUUCCAGAUUCCCAUGAUAUGAGUCCAAUUGGAAGAACUAUUGCUGACUAUGUCAGUGUCAUUGCCAAUAAACAUCCCUAUUGGAAUCGAAGCCUUGGUGCUGAUCAUGUCAUGGUCUCUUGCCAUGAUUGGGGCCCUUAUUCAUCUUCAUAUGCUCCUUUUUUGUACAACAUGUCCAUUAGAGCAUUGUGCAAUGCAAAUACCUCUGAAGGAUUCAUUCCUUCUAAAGAUGUUUCAUUUCCAGAAGUUCAACUUAAAACUGGGGAAAUUAAGGGAAUUCUUGGUGGACCCUCUGCAUCUAGCCGACACAUACUAGCCUUCUUUGCAGGUGGUAGACAUGGCCACAUUAGACACUUACUUCUGGAGCAUUGGAAAGAAAAAGACAAAGAUGUGUUGGUCUAUGAGCAACUUCCCAAGCAUUUAUCCUAUGACUCAAUGUUUAAGAAUAGCAAGUUUUGCUUAUGCCCAAGUGGUUAUGAAGUAGCAACCGCAAGAGUUAUGGAUGCAAUCUAUGCAGAGUGUGUUCCUGUGUUAAUUUCUGAUGGCUUUGUUCCACCUUUCAGUGAUGUUCUAAACUGGAAGUCGUUUUCUGUCCAAGUGGAAGUGAAGGACAUACCAAAUAUCAAAGGGAUACUUAAUAGCAUCUCUCAAAAGCAAUACAUAAGUUUGCAAAGGAGGGUGAAACAAGUGCAAAGGCAUUUUGUGGUGAAUGGACCUUCAAAGAGAUUCGAUAUUUUUCAUAUGACUGUUCACUCUAUUUGGCUCAGGAGGUUAAACUUGCGCUUGGGCUCGCCAUCAGGAAAAGCUUUUGAUGGGAACAUGUCCAAAUAAGUACAUUGGUUUUGUUUGAUAGAUUAUACAUACAGAGAGUGACCCUUAUUUUUGUAAUCUGUUUAAGGCAGUGAAAUACAUUACUAGCAUUCAUCUAUUUUUUUCAGCGAUA